GCCGCGACCCGUCGUCUUCCACAAUCCGCUUGAUCCUGCCUUCGUUCUCUUCCACCGGUGAGAAAGAGGGAGAGGAAGAACGACGAGGACGAAGAAGUACAAAGAUAGGGGGACAUGGAGUUGGAGAUCUUAGGCAUGAACUUUGGGUGCGUCCUAGGGGCGCUGCAAGCUUGGGAAUUUCCUGAAAAGGAUUGCCUGCUUCCCCCUAGUCCUGGAUAUUGUAUCGUCGCUGCCUCCACCAUCGUCAAACUCCCUCAGAUACUCAAAAUCUUGAAGCACAAUAGUGUUAGGGGACUUAGUCUUGUGUCUUUUGAGUUAGAAGUGGUGGGUUACACAAUUGCUUUGGCAUAUUCUAUCCACAAAGGGCUUCCCUUUUCAGCUUAUGGAGAGUUUCUGUUUCUCUUGAUUCAAGCUAUAAUUCUAGUUGCAAUUAUCUACUACUACUCUCAGCCACUUGGAGGAAAAACCUGGAUUAAACCUCUUUUGUAUUGUGCUAUAGCACCAACUAUUAUAGCUGGUCAGAUUGAUCCAUUUCUUUUUGAAGCCCUAUAUGCUUCACACCAUGCCAUCUUUUUCUCUGCAAGAGCACCCCAAAUAUGGACGAACUACAAAAAUAAAAGUACCGGAGAGUUGAGCUUCUUGACAUGUUUUAUGAAUUUUGAUGGCUCUAUAGAUAUAGUCUUCACCAGCAUUCAGGAAAAUGCUCCAGUUAGUGGUAUCCUAUGUUCGAUCAUCGACAUUGUGAUAAAAGGCACAAUAUUAGGCCAAAUAGUUUUAUCCCAAAAAUCGGAGGCGAAAAAGAAGAAGAAAGAUAAUUAG